CCCCUGCCCACCCAAGUCUUCGCUGGACGCCAGAGCAUAGGAAUCAGAGAGACUUGGGUUCCACAGAAGAGGCUUUUGACUCUUUACAUUGAAUUCGUGAGUAUCGAGCAUCUUUGCUACACGUCCCAAGCUCUAUCCCUCGAGAGAUCCACAUUGCUCCUGGGAACAAUUCCUUUUGAUAUCUGAGCUGACGUUUUUGGUUUACCUCUUCGUCAACGCUGUCUCAUACGACUUUUCUGUCACCACCUCCUACUUGGACCCUCUGCUUUGCAUUGACAAUACGCCCAACCAAUACAGACCAUGUCGGCUGUUCAGUGCUUUGGCAAGAAAAAGACUGCCACCGCCGUUGCCCAUGUCACUCCUGGUCGAGGCCAGGUGCGACUGCACGGUUCCCCCAUCUCCGUCGUCGAACCCUCCAUGCUCCGAUACAAAAUCUACGAGCCCAUCCUCGUUGUUGGACCUGAGAAGCUCGCCAACCUUGACAUCCGAAUCCGAGUGAAGGGUGGUGGACAAGUUUCUCAACUCUACGCUAUCCGACAGGCCAUUGCCAAGGGAAUCGUCGCCUUCUACGCCAAGAACGAAGAUGCCGCUUCUGCUCUUGAAUUGAAAAAGACGUUGAUCACUUACGACCGAACUCUUCUCGUUGCCGAUCCCAGACGGAUGGAACCAAAGAAGUUUGGAGGUCGUGGUGCCCGUGCGAGGAGACAGAAGUCUUACCGUUAAUCGGUGGCUAUACCUGGGCCUCAUUGUUGCUGGGAUCAUGGAUUGGGCCUCAAAAUACAUAUUCCUCAACGUGGCGAGAUGUAUUUCAUGAUCGCACAAUGGUACGGCAGCGGAACUGUGGGGCUGUGUGUACGAUCGCGUCGUCAGAAUCGCGAGCUUCGUACACCGUAUUGAGUCGUUGCGCCAGAGAUCUGCUCAAAACACUCUAGGGUGCAGACUUCAACUCCCGGCGAGCCGAGCCCUCGACCUCCAUAGCUGCGGGCCUACCUGCAUUCCCCCACACCCUGAUCAUCAUGCGCGGUAUCCGCAACCCUACUGUUGAGGUGGCAUUGCUCAUGCCCUCCAUGAGUUAUGACAAGUAUUACAAAAUGUGGCCCACUGAAAUCAAGUCUCUGACAAAUUGAUCCCGUU